AUCGACGAUUCGUCGUUCUCGGUAGUCUCAUCUCUUCUCUCGUGGAGACAUAUUUACUUCUUUCUUAUUAGAAACAGAAGACAAAGCCGGAUAUACAAGAUUAUUAAAAAAAAUCGUGUAAUCGUCUACAUGAAUAGUGCUGGAAUAAAAUCAGAUCAAUCUUUCGAGAUUUUGUUAAGAGACAUAAAGAGGAAAAGAUAAUUUGAGUAUAUUAUACAUGUGUGUACAUUGCAUUUAACACCUUUCUUUCUUACAUUUAAUAUACAUAAAGUAUGCAUAAAUAUAUUAUAGAAUUUUUUUAUUUUUUAAAAUUCCAAGUCUAUGUGAGAACUAAUGAAUACUGAUAAGUUUGACUGAUUUAAUUAUUUAUUUAUUUUAAAGUAUAUCCUUAUAUGAAAUAAUGUGUCAAAAAAAUUUCACGUUUUUGUGUUGCGGAUUUUUUCUUCUCAUCACUCCACCAAAAUCUCAGCAACAUUUUACCAACAAUGAGAAGAGAGGUGAUAAUUUGACGAUACAAUAUGAAGCAGGCACGGACUCUACAACAAUUUAUAGAAACGAAAAAAAAGCACUGCGAUACGAUAUGUAUGAAAAAUUUGCCAACAAUAUACAGUACAUUCACAGUCAUGAAGAUAAUGAUCAAAAAUCGAUGAACUCUCACACCAAUUCGACAAAUGUCAAUCAUAAGGAAAACUCUACGCCACAGGAAGUUUAUGAAAAUUUGCUUGAAAAAAAUAAUUCCAUGUCGAACAAAGUCUUUGAAAAUACCAUUAAGGAUAUUGAACGUAACAUCGUCCCAUACGAAAUGUGCCAUAACAUUACUUGCAUUCAGCUCUGCUGUCCUCUUGGAACAAGUAUGGUCAAAGGCACCACAUGCGUUUCAGAUAAAACUAAAUACGAAUUUCCGCAUGUGUACGAAUACACGAACGAUUCAAUGCAGGACGAGAAUAAAAAAGCGGAUGAAUUGUUUCGGUUUACCGUUUAUGAUCCGUGCUUGGAAACGCAACGUUUCUUGAUAGAACGGAGUCAUCAGUACGAUUAUAAGAUUUUCGUAAAUGGGUCUAUUUAUUUAUCUUUUUAUAAAAAAUUAUUCAAUUCGAAAUCAUAUUGUCUCGUUCAUUUCUUAAACUGGGGGACCAAGUUCGAAGUGACUGUCUGUUCAGAAACUUAUAAUGAAAUUUACAGGAACGCGAUGAAGUACCAGCCUGAGGUCCGCUGGAGAUUUUAUACAACAAAGAUAUAUGCCAGCAUGUUAUUAGUGUCUUUAUUAUUUUUGUUGCCAAUUUUUAUAGUAUAUUCCGUAUUGCCAGAACUCCGAAAUGUACACGGUUUCAUGUUGCGCAAUUACAGCUUUGCUUUUUCCGUCACAAUUACAGUUAAGGCUCUGAAAUUAAUUUAUUACAAACCGGAAACGAUAUAUCCCGCCUGUAUUACACUUGCCUUCCUGGAAUAUUUCUGUCUUAUGUCAUGUUACUUUUGGUUAUUAGCCAUGAGCUUCAAUAUGUGGCGGACAUUCAGAGGAUUCUCUUCGUUACGAAGAAACGUCCGACAAUCUGGAAAAAACAGUUUGCUGUAUUAUGCAAUUUUUGCGUACGGUUGUCCAUUUAUACUUGGCAUUGUUUGUGUCGUAGUCGUGGAUUUUGUUUCCGAAUAUAUACCAAUAAAUUUGAGGCCAGAAUUCAAAAUAGGAAAUUGUUGGUACACACAAUUCCGUAACGGAGCAUUUUUAUUGUAUUUUUAUUUGAUCAAAACUGCCUGUGUCAUUAGUAGUGUUUGCUUAUCGAUUUCUGCGGCUCGGAACAUCAAACGCUACGAACAGGAUACAAACUUUCGUCUGUCAGAUUCGGAAAGCAAGCGAUAUAAUGAGAAUAAGAAAUGGUUUAAUCUAUAUAUGAAGUUAUUUGUCUUGACAUUUAUCAUAAUAGCUAUGAAUUGGUCUUUGCGUACAAUGGUUAAUACAUUGUUGUUUAACAAUCGUAUUUAUUAUUAUUUAUUAUUCGUUGCUGCUUCGUUAGAGAUAUUGCAGAGUUUCUGCACCUUUAUCAUAUUUGUAUGGAAAAAGAAGAUCAAGAUGAUAUUACUGAAACGAUUCGGAUUCGGGACAAAUGCAUCAAGCAUUUAACUAUCAUGUAAGAGGUGUUUAUGCAAGGAAAGUCGAGCUCUAGCAAAAAAAAAAUAUUUUAUAAAAAAUUGUUAGAUUGAACAGAAUUCUAAUGUUGCAGUGUCUUAAAAAGUGUUUUUUUCACGGAUCUUGAAUCAACGAUUAAUCGCAAUUUACUAUUAUCUUUUGUAAUUAAAAUCUAAAGUAACUUUACAGUGUUAUAUUUUGAUGUUUACGUUUCUUCAGAGAAUUUAAUUUCAAUUUUCACAUAGAAAAUUUAUUUUAUUGUUAUAAAUAUUAUUGUAUCAAAUCAAUGGUUGUAAUUUCGUAAGAAAUUGUUUUCAAAAAAUAAUCUUGUAUAAAUGUACGCUAUAGAUAUGGUACACUGUGCUGCAUUAGGAUGAUAAAGAAAGAUUUAAAAUAAAUAAAUAAAAUUUAUAAAAUAUAUAAAAGAAAAUUAAAAUAUUCUUUUUUGAUUUAAUGUGAUUCACAAAUGAAUUACGAAUAAAUUCGUACACGACCAUACUAUAUAUCCAUGUUCUACAUAUAUUGAAAUCUAGUAAUAUGUACGAUAAAUGAAUUUAAUUUGAAACAAAUUUGAAAAAAUGUGAAUGAUAUACUAACUUGGCUUGAAAGUUAGCACAUCAUUUCGUAA